UUGCGACAUCAAACGCGAAUACAAAAGGCACAGCAUAGCCCAAGCAGUGCUCCGCAAAACGUGCCAACGAGGACAUCUAAGAGGUUUGCCGCAAAGGCGACUGGACAACCGUUAGCAAAGAAACCAAAGGAUGAGCCGACUUCGGAUGACCUAGCCGACUUUCUGUUCAAUUCCGAUGCUCUCAACCGGUUUCAGGAACUUGUUACUGCCUGGAGAGCCCGUGAUAAUGUACGGAGCUUUGCUGUUAGUGGACUGGAUCCACAUAAGAGGGUGGCCGCCUACUACGAACUCGCUAGCCACUUUGACUCCAAGUCAGUCCUGGCGGCGCUACUCGCUUGUGUUGCCCGGAUCCAGACCUUCAGGGAGAUGGUUAAAACAAAAGACGGCAGGAAAAAUCUGCCUCCGCAUACGCUGAAAAGUUUUUACAAUCUCUCAAACAUCAAGGUCGAAUUUUCGACUUUCCGUGUCCACAUCUCUAACGCUCGGAAUUUCCAUAAGAUACUCGGAAGUUUGGUGGUCUUUUUGCCAUUUCAAGGCAAUGGUGAAAUCUCUAUGCGUCAAUUCGAAAGAGGGUGUACGCAAGAAGAAUUCCAAAGUUGCCUGAGGUCCCACCCCCAUUUAAAAACAUUUCAGCAACUGGGACAAACCUUUCUGGAUUCGAUUUUAGAAGACAGCGGAUAUCAAAUGACGAUAUUUGAAUGUGUCCCUACCAAGCCAGAGCUGCCAAAGCUGCCUCUGGAGUGCCAAGUCCAAUUGCUUAAGGUCGGCUAUAUCCAGGAAAACUUGGGCGAAACCCCCAAUUGGCAAAAGCCCGAAGAUUGGCUCUGGGACUGGCCCCUACCCCCGGAUUGGCUGCCCCCGGAUUGUGAAUGCAUCCUCUGCGAACAGUCAAACUGCACAUGCAUUCAAAGAUACACUACCUGCGAAGGGCUUCACGUCAGCCACUAUGGCAAAAAAGGUUUUGGCAUCCAGGUGACAAAAUCUUACGGGCGACGUCAUGUUUUUGGGGAGCUUUUCGGGACUUUUGCUGAACCGGGUUUCUUCUCUAAUGGCAUGGGUUUGGUAUUUGCUAGGGAUGAUCUGGAUGGACAGCCUGUGAGUGCACAGCUGUAUACCGGAGAUAAAGGGAAUAUCUUUCGGUUUAUCCACCACCGAUGCUGUUCUCCCGCGGUCAAGAUUGAGGGUAUGAGGAUAUCUGGGAAGUACCGGAUGAUGGUAGUUUCGGUGAGGGAUGUAACUAUGGGAGGAGCUUACUGCAAACUGGGGUAG